AAGCAUCCAGCGCGCGCCCAACAGAUGGAGCCUCGUGCUCCUGCUGUUGAGUGUAGGGUUAAUACCGACAGAUGGGGCGUGGUUUAGAUCAAUGACAACCACCUCACUGUAGUCAACUGUAAAAAAGACAACAAAAUCACAGUCCUGGCAGAUCCGCGUGCUGGUUUAUCUCCCAUCCGCUACAGACAGGAGGAAAAAGACGCCUGGAACGUGCGCGGUUGCUCUCCCCACUUUCACAGGAGGAAAUUCGUAGGCGACGGCUGAUCUGAAGGAGGUGCGACCUGGAAUGAGUAUUUGAUUGCUCCUUUGCCUCGCCUCCGUCUCUGAAUCCGGGGAGGCGUCAGCUGCAGGAGCGGUGGAGACACCAGUGGAAAGUGUCGAUGGAGAAAGGGGAACGGAUGGGAUAAAGCAGCUGCGAUUGUCUGUAGGUGAAGUAAAGUCAUCCAGGGGAGCACAGCCAGACUGAUUCAUGAGGAUUGCGCCUACCUUACGUAACCGAGCUUUGUGGGGAGACUUGCUGGGGAAACUGAUUCUACCGAGCUGAUUAAUUGCAUCAAGGAUCGACAGGUGAAGUGAGAGAAGCAUAACCAAAAGUUUGCCCAUCCACUCUCCACCUACUCAGCAUGAUCGACAAACAAGCCAGCCCCCAUCAGAAGUGAGAACGUCAAGAUGAACGAGGGCUGCAGGCAAGGAGGAGGGGCCAUCACGGUGGAGGCUGAAGUCAUCCUACAUGCUGUGAACCCUGACCUCGUCACACCCCCUGAAAAAGACGGGAGUCUAUGUCCAGGUUUUGUCCAAGGAUUCCUAAAGGGCACCCAGGAUUUCAGCCCCCCUGCUGUGUUCGAGAAGGAAUACCUGUUGGAUGGGAGACCGAUGGAGAAUAACCACGUGGACCAUCAGCAGGGUAACGGCUCCUGCAUCAAGAGAGCUGAUAAGUUUCCCCUCUCAAAUGAUAAGGGGACGUCAGAUCUCUCUUCUUAUGCUGACUCUGCUGUAACCAAUCACAUUGCAUCCAUGCAACAAAACUGUACAAGCAAGGACAUCCCCAACGGCGCCAGAGCGAAAGUGUCUUCCAGUGCAGAUUCCUCCAUAUGCUCACCCAGCCAAGCCAAACAGGAAACUGAUUGGUCAGUCCUAGAUUCUAACCUUGUACGCAGAGACAGCAGUCAGGAAAACACGCAGGCUAAAAAAGAGCCUGAUUUAGUCAUCGAAGUGGGCGGGCAGAAGAUCAACGCUCACAAGUCCAUCCUGGCGGAAAAAAGUGACUACUUCAAAGCAAGGCUGUCACGAGACAUCCUCAAAGUGAAGGGCGUCAGUUACAAAACUCUGUCCACAUUGAUAGACUAUAUUUACACCUCUCGGAUGAUUGUUUCCAAGGACAAUGUAGUAGAUGUCAUCACAGGGGCUAAAAUCCUCCAGAUCCCAUGUGCCGUCCAGGCCGCCAUGGACUCAAUGUCUGCACAAGUCACUCCAGAGAACUGCUAUGAGAUUCUCACCAUCGCCAAAAAGCAGCGACUCAGUGAACUGAAGGAGACCGCCUAUGGAUUCAUGAGUGAUAACUUCCUCCAGGUACUCAAAGACCCAGCUGUGUACGGUCGCCUGAAUGGAUCAGAGCGGGAUUUGAUCCUGAAGAAGAGGAUGGAGGGGAGGAUGACGCUGAUGGUGGCAGAGAUCAAUGAUGUGUUUGACCGUGUGGGGAGCAGGCCGCCAAGUCGUUGUGGCAGCCGGCCGCAGAGCCCGUUGUCUGUGGGGUCUUUGGAGGAGGGUCAUAUGAUUUACUACUUUAAUGAAACAGCGAAUGACUGGAGAGCCUUGACUGCGAUGCCUGAGGACAUAAACACUAAAGGCUGUGGGAUCUGUACCAUGUAUAACUACCUGUUUGUGGCAGGGGGGAUAAAGGGCUAUGGAGACAAGGGCAAGGUUUCUGACAAGGUCUUCUGUUACAACCCUAUAACCAACCGCUGGGCCGAGGUCAAACCUCUGAUCCAGGCUCGUGCCCAGCUAAAGCUUGUGUCUAUGGAUGGCUACUUGUACGCCAUUGGAGGGGAAUGUUUGUUUACAGUGGAGAAAUAUGACCCCCGCAUGGACCGCUGGACUACGGUGGCCCCUUUGCCUAAGGGAGCUUUUGCCGUGGCCCAUGAAGCCACGACUUGUAGCGGAGAACUUUACGUGUCAGGAGGCUCUCUCUUCUACCGCCUUCUGAAGUACGACACCAAGAGGGACGAGUGGCAGGAAUGUCCGUACAACAACAGCAGGAAGAAGUCCUCAGACAUGGUGGCACUGAAAAGCUUCAUUUACCGCUUUGAUGUCAACCGAGAGCAGGGGAUCAACGUGUUCAAAUACAACACUAUAGUGAAAAUGUGGCAUGAUUGUGCAUCACAGAGGCUGGGAAGUCAUUUACCCUUCAGGUGCGCCGUUAUCGGGAACUGCAUCUACUGUGUGAACAAAAGCCAGACUCUUCAGUUCGUAGUGGAGGAGCAGAACGCCUACUUUGUGGAGGAGCCGCUCAGGGCGCCUCUGGAAGCGAAAGGCGUUCUGUUUCCUUUUGUUCUCACUUUGCCUGAAAAGCCUGACAGAGUCACAUAGUGUGUAAGUGUGCGAGUGUGCUUGUGUGUGUGUGUGAUCCAGAUUAACUCAAUAAAUAUGUCAUAGAAAAACUGGAAUAAGCAGGAGACCAUAUUUACACUCCUCAAUGUCAGCUCUCGAUCUCAGUGUCUCAUGGCCUGCUUGCAGUGGAAUGUGUGCAUUUGCAUGGCAACUUAAUGUGUCUGCGGCCUUAAAUGGAAAACUUUUUUAGUUCUGAAUGAAUGACAAUAUUUGUAUCCGACUGUAGAUAAUGUCAUGAUGACAGUGACUGUAGGUUAUUUAGUGUAUUUCCUGUGUUCAGUUUGGUUUAGUGCACUUUUAUAUUUAGAAUAGAUAUUAUCUAGAUGACAUAACUAGCUGGGUUUGGUAACAAAGAGUCUUGUUGAUGAGUGUAAAAAAGAGUGAAACAGUUGCAGUGGCUUUAUGAAUGAUGCGACACCAGGUCUAUGCAAACAGACAGAGUAUACAGGUUGGUCUGCCAUAAUGCUAUAUAAUAGUUAGUGUAAGGGGAGUCUGACUGGGAAAGAAUACACUAUUCAUUAAAGUAUGACUGCAACUAAUGUCCUAUUCAUUAAUUUGGGAUAAAUCAAAAAAGAGUUUGCCAGAUAAUUGAGAAAAUAUUUUUCCUAACCUCAAGAAGACCAAAUGUCUAAAUCCCAAAGACAGAAUUUAUUAUUAUUAUUAUAUAUUAUACAAUAAAUCCCCUUUAUAGAAACAGGAAACAGCCAAUGUUUGGCUUAUAUGCUAGAGAAUACAAAUGAGAUUUGAUGAACUAUUUUUAAGAUUAUUUUCUCUGGACUGACUUAAUGUUACAGCCAUACCUCACCACUGAUCUGCACUGCCUCAUGUGAACCACACUCAUGGUAAAUCUUGCUUAAAAAGCUGCCAUGUUGUUCAUAUACUACACAGAUAUUCUCUUAAAAAAGCAUUUACACAGCAGCUACAGCAUGUUGCCUUUGUAGUCAAAACUCUGAAGCCCCAGACAUGAUCCUGAAAUCUUGCAGACGUAAUAGGAAAGCAAACUGUUGCCUCUGAAAAAGUUAAUUUCUGACAUUUACGUAUAGAUUAAGGAAAUGCUGUUUUUCUUAUAGUGCAUAAUCACAAAUCCCUGUUUCUGCUUGUUGCACAUCUGCCAAAAAUAAUUAUAGCAGUCCAGGCAGUCCAUAAUGAAGCUUAGAAUACUGACAAUAAAUAUUUUAUGGAUCAAUUAAAUCUGAAUUAAAUGUGAUUCCAUGAUAGCACCACAGUCAGGUUAAAGCAAAUGCAGCAGGCCUAGUGGAGGGAGGGCUUCGUGUUUGCUGCUGACAGUCACUGUCUGCCAGGUUGAAGGAAAUCCAGCCAUUCACACAGAGAUCCAUCUUUCAGUUUUGGCUCUAUCUGUUUAAGGACAGAGCAGAUUUACAUUCAGCAUUUACACUCCCUCACAGACUUGGUUGAUCCUAUAGGUUAAAGGUCAAAUCAGACACCUGCAGCAGGUCACGGUCAUGGCCCUUGUUUCGUCCACACAUACACACGGUAACCAGUCAACUAACUGACUGGGUUCUUCUUUCAUCCGAGCAACAACUCUGCUCUAAAUUGUCCUUCAUUUUUAAAUUUCACAGUAUUUAUUUUUUGCUGCAAUAACACAGUGGGAGUUUUGUACGGAAGCUAAUGCUAAUAUAUUCUUGGAGCAAAGUGCUUUUGAUAACAUUUAUAGAAAUGUCUCAAAGCAGUCAACGUGACGCAGACAAAAAUGGAUGUGACUUGAUAUUUUGCUGGCUGCCAUCUGUAUUUUUGUGAUGAUUUUGUAUGGGUUUUGGUAGAUGUGGAUCUGCUGCUGUGAUGGACAGUAAAGUGAUGCAAUGCUCAGUAACGGCUUCCUGUUUAAGGCAUACGAAGUGGGCUAACAAAUUAGCUGUUGGAUAAUGUAAAACAGACAGGAUAAAGUGCUUCAAAUAAAAUAUUUUGUGUGUGACUACGA